AUGUCGACCUCCUCCGCCUCCACUCCGCGCACCUCUUUCGAGUACCUUAAAUCGCCAGCUAAAGCCUCCUCGUCCUCUUCUCUAUCCAUCACAUCCUCAUCAGCAUCCACGUUGAGGGCUUCGAAGACAGCGCACAGCGUAUGGAGCUCUAUCAAAAGACAUGCGAAAGAACACCACGAGAGCGUCAACGCAGCUUAUGCUGCAUACUACGGUCGUGGUGGAAAUGCAACUGAGAGAGGACAAGAAGUUUGGGAAUACUGUAGGGUUAACAGGCAGUAG